AACUCGCGUCGAGCAGAAGCAUAUCGCGGAAUAAAUCGAAACAAACAGAAUACCCCCGAAUAUAUUAGAGUGCGCCGCGGUGGACAACAACUAGCGCUCGGGACAUCGGUGUCGUGUGGGCGAAGGUUUCCUUUCGGUGGUUGAGAUUUAAAAUCUAGGUUAGUCGGGAAUAUUUCAUAUUUUGGUCGGGGUCAAUCGUCAGUGAUGAACUUGAUUAGAUUUGGGUGUAAUUAAGCGAACGAAAAUUAAUAAUCGGUAAUACAAAACGGUGAGUGUUGGUCAUGAGUAAAUUCGUAUGACGAUGCUGUGAGACGGCUUGGAUCAUCUCUGCCAACAAAGGAUGAUAAUGAUGAUGGAUUUCGCCACGCUUCUCGGAACAUACCGCCUAUCGCUGUCGCUGAUAGCCGCGCUGCUGACCCUUUGUGCUGCGACUGGGACAUAUGUUCAAGAAUUGACUCACCAUGCGGACAAAGGUCUAGGUCCCGCUUGGAAGACGACGUCAAUCGGUGGCGAUGACCGUGUUCCGAUUGUCCCAAAAGUGGAGCACACGCGACCUGAUGAUAUCACACUAACCUACAAUCUGCCAGAAGGGCGCCCGAUUCGAAUCGAUCUGCGUAGGAGUCUAGCGGGGAGAACUUUCCUCGAACGGCAGGGCAAUCGAAACGAAUCGAUUGUGGAGUACUUUGAGGAGAACUGUUUCUACCAAGGUCGGAUCGAGCACCAACCCGGCAGCCUAGUGGCUUUAUCCAACUGCGAGGGAAAGAUUCGGGGAACGGUUUAUGACCGCGGUGGGACGUUUUACAUUGAUUUUGACGAGACUAGCGGAGGGCAUUUUGUGCAAAGAAUAUUCGAACCUCCGUCGCAUAUCAGAAUGAAACGCAACCAUCCGGUUGGUAUAGCUGGCCCUUACAACUCGAAUCGGCAUUCCAAAUUUGUUGAGCUAGUACUGGUGGUGGAUAAUUCGCUUUAUCGAAAGUUUGAUUCCGACCUGUGGGAAGUGCAUCGUUACUGUACGGAUGUUGUGAAUCACAUUAACAUGCUCUUCAACCCGCUCAACAUCUUCAUCGCACUCAAUGGGGUCGUGGUGUGGGACCAGUUCGAUCACAUUCAGGUGUCUCGCCGGGCGGACGACACCCUCAACAACUUCCUCCAGUACCGGCGGAAGGAGCUGCUGCGAAAGCAUCCGAACGAUCACGCCCAGCUGCUGACGGCGGUCGAAUUUCAGGACCACGUAAUCGGCAAGGCAAAGCUGGGCGGUAUGUGUACCAGCAACAGUUCCGGAGCGGUGAUCGUCAUCCACACGGACAACAUCGGGAUCCAGGCGGGUACGCUAGCGCACGAGAUGGGUCACAGCUUCAACAUGGAGCACGACGUGGACGAGGAGUGCCACUGUCCGGAUCGAAAGUGCAUAAUGACCUCGACCGUUACCGGGAGAUCGCUUAAGCACUGGAGUUCGUGCAGUGUGCAACAGUUGACGUUGGCUUUCAACAGGGGAUUGAAUCACUGCUUGAAGGACAGACCGAGGAGAGUCUCCUCGGCGAGCUGCGGGAACGGAUUUGUGGAGGACGGAGAGGAGUGUGAUUGUGGACUGGAGGAAGCUUGCGACAACAUUUGCUGUGAUUCGAAAAUUUGCCGAUUGAAGGAGGGCGCAACUUGUGCCACGGGAGAGUGUUGCGAUUUGACGACCUGUCAGCGGAAAGACGAAGGAACUGUUUGCCGGUCGGCACGUGGAGAAUGUGAUUUGCCGGAAUUUUGUACGGGAAACUCAGAGUAUUGUCCCACAGACGUUUUCCGUCGUAAUACGGAAGUGUGUGCUAGUGGAGGAGCGUAUUGUAGUGACGGAGAUUGUAAAACGAGAGAUGGUCAGUGUAGAGUGUUAUGGGGACCCUCAGGGAAAGCUUCGGACGAGGCAUGCUAUGCAAGGAAUGUGAACGGUACAAAGUAUGCAAACUGUGGGUAUGAUCACGACACGCAUAUCUUUCGCAGGUGUGCCGAGCAAGACAUUUUGUGUGGGUUACUAUUUUGCCAUCAACUGAAUGAUAAUCAGCUAGAGUAUGGGUUGAAAGUAUUUACAGAAGAACAGAUUGCUAGCACUUUGAAGGGACGGGAUGUCGUCCACUGUCAUGCUGCUUUCAUAGAUCUUGGAGGCGAUAAACAGCCUGCUUUAGCUCCGGAUGGAGCUCCAUGUGGCGAAAACAGAAUGUGCUAUCAACAGCAAUGUUGGGAUGUUGACAGCCUGAACGAACGAGGAAUCGGGAUCCACUGCCCAAAAAAUUGUAAUAAUAGGGGCGUAUGCAAUAGCGAAGGAAACUGCCAUUGUGACAUUGGGUAUGCUCCGCCUUUCUGUGAAUAUACCGGAGUCGGAGGCUCGUUGGACAGUGGUCCUGCCUCCAAGGGAACUUACCUAGCGUUAUUAAUUACUCUAGCAAUCGUAGGACUAGUCGUCCUAACAUUAUUCAUUGCGUACAUAAUUGUUCGCUUUUGCAAGCCGAGUCGAUGCAAGAAUCCUCUGAAGCUAUCCAAAUACCAUUCGCCACCCUGCAGUAGACAUAAACUUAUCAAGACCACAUCCUCGAGCUCCGCCGUUGUUCGGGAAAUAUCCGCCCCAAAGCUGUGCUCGUCCACGCGCGACAUCAAUGGACCUCAAUUUACACCGAUUGCAAGACUGAAAAACAUUCGUAGUAGCUUAGCCGAUUCCGAUCACUAUCCCCGAAUGGACAGCAUAGUUUCGGUACGAUCAACGUGUCACCCUUCCGUUGGGUACAUAACGCAUGCUGUUCCUCCGCCCCCGUCUAGUCCAAAACGAUUGCUUCCACAGCCCAACCAAAGGAGUUUACGAGGCAGUAAAUCAUGAGAUACCUCUCUAAUCACGAUAUGUACGCUAGUGUAUAACAAUAGAGUAUGUCAUAGCUUUUUUGAUACCAGUCAUAUUUUUAUAAGUGUUCAUGUAAGAAGCUCGAGAAUCUCGAACGAAGAAUAAACUCUGAAUGCGCUCGAAAAUAAAAUUCUAGUCA